AUGGCUAUACAAUAUCUUAAAAUACAUAGUUCAAUGACAGCCGAACCCAAUGCGGGUAUGGAAGGGAGGGAUAAGGCUAAACCAAACGACCCCUCUCUCCCAAAUACCGACACCAACACCAAGACUUCCAACCAAAUAUACAAUCCCCCUAGCCACCUGACUACUACUACCAAGCAGGAAAAAACAUCCCGAAAAUCAAUCAAAAACCUCAUCCCCACCCACCGUCUGAAUACUAGCAACCAUCACCGCCCCAUCCGCCGUAAUAAUCCUCCUCUCCCUCGCCCCAUCCCUAUCCCCCUCCCCCUCCUCAACCCCUUCCCACCGCCUCCCCCUCCAGGGAACAUUAAUCAAUUCCCUCUCCAUCCGCGCAGGCAACUCCGCUCGCUGCCGAUAGAACCCCGUAUCUGA